AGGCACAGCUAGUAAUCGCUCCACAGGAACUCGGUUUGACAAAGAGUAGGAAACCUUGGCAACAUGGCAUCCAAGCCUAUGACAGCCGACGAGCUGCCCAAGCAUCCCGAGUAUGAACACACCAUAUGGGACCUCAAACCGACACUGGCUGGCAAAGUUGCCGUUGCUCAAGGCAGAGGUGGCCCUCUCAACAUAGCAUACGAACUCCAUGGCCAUGGUAACAUCCACCUUGUCUUUGUAAUGGGCCUCGGUGGCAUGAAGUAUGCCUGGCAACGGCAGACCAAAGAUUUCGCACAUAUACAAGGCGACAAAUACUCUGUCCUUACGCUUGACAAUCGUGGCAUCGGAGAGUCGGACAAGCCAUUUUUCCGCUACUCGACGUCCGAGAUGGCCAAAGACGUCAUCGAGGUCAUGGACCACGUUGGCUGGACCGGGAAAAGGGAGUGCCACGUUGUGGGGGUCAGCAUGGGGGGCAUGAUUGCGCAAGAGAUGGCGAUGCUGAUCCCUGAACGCAUUUGCACCCUCUCACUAUUGUCAACAGCAGCCGGACUAUUCCGAACAACGGGUUUCUUGGAAAACCUCUACGCUCGCGCCAAUCUUUUCAUCCCCAAAGCCAUCGACGUUCAAAUAGAUAAUGUGAAACGCAAUCUAUACACUCAGGAAUGGCUGGAUGCUCCGGACACGCUAGAGCAUGUUGUCAAGCCUUUUCCCACGAACGGCGAUCGCUUUGCCGCAAACGAGUUGUGGAAGCGCACGCAUCCGGACUAUUUCCAGAAAGGCGGCUUCAUCUUGCAGGCAGCUGCCGCCUGGCUGCACUAUAAAAGUCCGGAAGAUCUCCACACGAUGGCCAACACUAUCGGAAAAACCCGCAUCAUGGUGGUGCACGGUACCAAAGAUCGCAUGAUUACGUUUCCACAUGGAGCCGUCGUCUGGCGAGGCUUGGAAAAGGGUGAGGGAAGGACAGGGAAAGAGAAUUGGCUCGGUAUCGAGGAAGAGAAGGAUGUCUGGGAAGAAGGCGAAGUCGAGAAGCACUUUAUCAAGGAUCAAGGGCAUGUGCUGCCGAUUGAGAUGAGGGAGGAGUUCAACAGCUGGUUCGAAAGCUUGAUAAAGAGAGGCGAAGCAUUGAAUGAGAAGGAAGGCGUUUCCAGGUAGGUGCGUGCCUAUUCACAACCGACCGAUCCCUCCUGUGCAUUCAGCGACCCCGCGAAUACCCGUACAAUACACCACAAUAGAUUGUCACGAUGUUUGGAUUCGAGAAAACUUGCAGAACCAGCCAGUGCAGACUAGAUACGUGCAGGGACUAUGUCAACAUCACACAUCCACAUUCAUCGUUUCGGCCACCACCCACUCUCUCAGCCCAAAUGCCGACUGCCGAUCUCCCGUCUCCUCUUCCAAAAACUGCAGCAC